AUGGACCGUUCCUACAUAGAUUUUGAACCUGAUUACCAGUAUAGAGACGAAGAAGCUCAUGACAUUAUUGAGUUUCAAGUGAAAGAUUUUAGAAAGGAACAGCUGAAAGUUCAAUUAAGCAGUAACGGGGUCCUAACAGUUUGUGGUGAACGACCCUCGGGGAGAACUAGAUGGAUCCGAUUCCGCAAGGAAUUCAACGCUCCUAAAGAGUGCAAAGCAAAUGAUUUUCGCGUAAGGUUGAGAUCUGGUAUUCCUUAUAUAAAAAUACCUAAAAGAUAUUGCUCCGCAGAUUUCUCAACAGGAUGCACUUACUCCAAUGCAACAAGCCUCAUAGCCAAUUCAAGGCGAAGGCAAACUAAAUCAAGAGAGCAGUCAAAAGAAAGAGGUUGA